AUGGCGGGCAACUCUGUGGAGGAAUACCAAAGGCUAAUAAAUCGAGCUAAUGAAUACCAUAAACAAGCAUUGUGGCAAGAAAAGCUUCGAUUACUACAGGAGGCUUUAUUCAUAUGUGAAGAGCCGGCUUUCCCAGAGGCCGAUCGACGAAAGCAAGAGCUACUGUUUGAUGUAGCGGGCAUUUGGCGACGAUUAGGACAAUAUGAUCGUGCUGAGAAGACGCUCCAGCAGUCACUUGAAGCAUAUGCAAGUCCAACUUCAUCUUUUAGGGCCUCUGUUCUAGGUGAACUCGGCGUAAUGGCACGGCACAACAACCGCUAUCACGAAGCCCGAGACCUAUUCCGGGAACAAGGUCGCCUAGCUCGAGAGGAACCUUCUAGCAUUGAAUCAGAGGCCGAAAUUUGUCGCGCAAUCGGCAACGAAGGAAUGACGACAUAUAAUUUGUGGCAGCUGUCUGAUCCAACUGAUCCUACUUUGCUCGAUGCGGCAUUCAGCCAGCUUCAGGAGCGCAUCACUCGAGCUCAAGACCUUCAGCGACAUAUAUCCAAAGUAGAUCCUCGGUCCAAGUAUCUUGCCAUGGUGCAAACUUGGGAGAUUAUUGCUAUGGACCGUUUGACGCUUUGUUAUAUCGCUGCGGGCAAGACAGAAGCUGCCGUGCAAAUCGCUGAGGAGUCUCAGCGAAAGCAAUCACGCCAAGACCCAACAGUCACAGCCUUUUCCAAGUUUUACUACGGUAAUGCUCUAUGGCAUGAUGGUCAGGCUGAAAAAGCAUUAAAACAGUGGAAUGCCCCAUCUGGAACAUGCAGCGCCCCCAUGGCUCUCUGCAAGGAGCCCGGCAAAGAGCAUAACGAGCAUCUCCAACUCAUGGCUGACGCAGGCGUGGAUUUCGAUACAUAUGAUGAGCAAGGUUUCAGUGCACUGGACCACGCCGUACUUAGUGAUAGUCCUCAUGCAAGAGAAGCAAUCCCAAUUGUUGAAAAAGCGCUGCGCAGUGCGCUCCAGUUGACCAGUAAAGAUGUCGACAAGGAGAUCUUGAUCCGAAAACAGCAGGCAGAGCUGCGCCGACAAUACCGGACCAUCUUUCAGGAGCAUAUGAGACCGGUGCUGAGGAAGAAGCCUAGCGGAGCUUUCAACGAAUUAAGGAAGAUUUAUGCGAGGUUCAUCUCACAAGACACCAAGGAAAGGCGCAUGUUUAGCCGAUUUCACUAUAUGAAGUUUACCGAUUUCGUGAACCAUGGGGAACUUCCCAUUUCUACGUCCGGGCUAGAUAAGCAGUUCUCCGACGCCAUGGAAGAGACACAAAAGCCGAAAGAAGAUGAUUUUGUCAUUUUUAUUUCGUACCGCUGGAUUGGUGGUGGUAAUGGACCGGAUGAUGAAUCGGGAACCCAGUGGCACCGUAUUAUAAAUGCCGUCGAGAAGUUCAAGAAGGUUAAUCCUCACCUAGAUUCAGAUUCGUUAGGCUUGUGGCUGGACUAUUUUUGUGUCGAUCAACUAGAUGGGCAGGAGAAAGAGCGCGGUGUUGAUGCAUUGCCGCUUGCAGUCGUGCAGUGUAACGCCAUGAUCAGUCUGGUUGAUGAGACAUAUUAUGAGCGAGCAUGGUGUGCCGUAGAAGUUAUGCUCAUGCGUGCAAUUGUGGAGUCAUAUGGACUACACCAAUGGUGGGAGGAUCGCGAUGGCUCUUUUGAGGAGGGCGACACAACUCACGUCCUUGAUGUGGGCAACCUGAAACUAACAGAGGAGAAGUCGGACAGACCAAAGAUUGACUUUUUGGUGAGGCAGAGCAAAUUGCUUGGGAGAGACGUUGUGUGA